AUGAGCUCAGCCAUCAUCGGCGACUCUGGUCGCAUUUAUACUGGUUACACAGUGCUCAGACGGCAUCCUCAGGACAGCAGCUUUGACAUAUUCAAAACGCAGUUCGUUCUUCGUGUCUAGGGAAAGAUGAUGUUUUUCUGACUAGCUAGGCAGAUCCGGAGACAAGAGCUUCAUCUUCAAACGUGUACCGAAACCGUUCUUCGACCUAUCUCAACGCAUUGCCAACGACUUUUCGUCAUCCCGACGUCUUCGCAUGCAUGUGGACUGCAACAGCGAAGAUUCUAUCCUUGUCUAUCCUUAUUUUCGAGAUACCCUACUUGCUCUACUGAAAGAUGAUCCGGCCUUUCCACCGGAUGAACGGUUAAAGAUCAUGCGAGGUGUUGGAGAGGCAAUUCAGGAACUUCAUGCAAAGGAUUGGGUUCAUGCUGGUGUGUCUUGUGCACUCAUCGAUGGUAUUUGAAGCUGACGGACUCCGGAAGAUGUUAAGCCAGAUAACAUCUUAGUUGACUGGACAUGCGACAGCGAGGGCAACAAGGUAAUCACAGAAGUGGCACUAGGUGAUUUUGACAUCGCCUGUAAACUCAAAGACGGCGAGACUCGCGUUACACCAUAUGCUGUGGGCAAUGCCAUGUGGCGAAGUCCCGAAGGACAGACUGGCAUUUCGACAAGGGCAUCGGACAUCUAUUCAUUGGGACUAGUGGUGAGUCCUACACGGCUACAAAGCAAUAACCCGUCUGAUUCUUGUCCACAGUAUAUCUAUGCCCUAGGAGGUGGAGAACUGCUUGUACUAAAUGAUUACCAGAGGCUCGUGAAAGCGGGCAUUACGCCAGAGCAAGAAGUAUUAACCAAGCACUUCUGUUACUUCGGUCCAGUUCCGGAAAGUCUCUACCAACAAAUAGAGGAUGAAAAAUGGAGGGCUGCUCUGCAAUUAGCAUCAAGAAUGGCUGAGGCAGAAGUGGAGGAACGCCCAAUGCUUAGAUUGAGGGUCUGGGGCCAAGAAUUGGGCGACAAGGCGAUGGAUAUGCUCUCUGGGAUGACGAAUCUCGAUCCUAAAGCCCGGUUGACGAUCGACCAAGUGCUGGCGCUUCCGUAUUGGCGAGAAGGUGAUUCAUGA